AUGUCAAAUAAUUUAAAAGAUUCAGCUAAUUCAUUAUUAUCAGAAUGUAUAAAUGUCAAUAAUUUACCUAAAAACAUUCUAAAUAAUAAGAACAUUAAUAAUUUGAAUUUGAACUCAAUGAGAGACCCAGAAUACCUAUUAAACUGGUUCAGCAUGUUAUGGUCAUUGCAAAGUUCAAUGAAUCCAAAUUUAAAUCAAGUAUUGUCAAAUAAUCCACAACAUCAAUUUAUGGCCCCACCCCCUCAAAAUCAGAAUCAACAACCAUUGAACCCACAACAACAGCAACAACAGUUCCUACUACAUCAAAGGAUGAUGCAACAACAACAACAACAACAACAACAACAACAACAGGCACAAGCUCAACAGGUACAAGCUCAACAGGCACAAGCUGCACAACCAAAACCUUUGAGUCAACAACAAUUUCAAAAUUUAACGCCACAACAACAACAACAGCAUCAACAACAAUUGAGAUUAUUACAACAACAGCAAUAUCAGCAACAGCAACAACAAAUGGCUUUGAAAAGAGGCGUGAAUCAAGAUCUUAAAAAACAAUCAAUGCUGCAACAACCAACACCAAAUCGAAUUAAUUCAAUUAGUAAAAAUUCACCAGAUCAAAUUCAACCACAACAAAGAUUACAACAAUUGAAAUUACAAUUCCAACAACAACAGCAAGCUCAACAAGCAGCAGCAACAGCAGCAGCAGCAGCAGCAGCAGCAGGAAUAGCGUCAUCUACAGCUGCUACUAAUCAAUCAUCAAGACCAUCAUCAUCACGACCUUCGUCGACGAUAGACACUCCAACUAAUCCAAUGCAACCACCUCCACCGAAUAUUCGUCAACCACCUCAACCUCAACAACAGCAUGAUUUAAACAUGGAUUCAAAAUUUAAUAUUCAAAGUAUUGACGAUUAUCAAGCAAAUUUAUUACAAAUGGAAAAUCAAAAUAAUUUACAAAGACAAAGGUUUUUACAACAACAAAGAUUACAACAACAGCAAGCUCAACAACAACAGCAACAAUUACAAUUACAAUCCCCACGUACUCAGAAUAUAACACAACCACCACCAUCUGCACCUAUGUUUGAAAAUCAACUACAAAAUCAACAAAAUCAACAACAACAACAACAACAACAGCCAAUUAAAGAAGAGAAAGGUUCAUUUGAUACUUUGUUCAAUCCAGUACAAUUCGUAUUACCUGAGCAGGAAAAUAAUCAACAAGGAGCUACGAAUAUGGGUAAAACAGAUAGUGGAUUAUUAGAUGAUGCAUAUUUUACAAAUACUUUAUUAUUUGAUGAUGAUGCAUUUGAAGAUGCAACAAAUACAAAUAAUCAACAACCACAAAAUCAAGAGACAUCAAAAUCUAUACAACAUAAUCGAAGUAUUAGUAGUGCCAGUAAUUUAAAUGAAGCGGAGAGUAUUGGUGAGACAAUUGGGACAGAUUGGUUUAAUUCGAUGGGUUCGGGCCCAGGAUUUGGAUAA